UGCUCCUGUCUUAGGUUUAUAUCAAGUGUCAAUAUCAAUCAAGUCACCCUAAUUUGAGAAUACCUAGCAAGAAAGCAGGUUGAGAAAAUGGCAAAACCCGUAGAUUUAGAACUGAAAAAAGCCUUUUUUGAAUUACAAGUCAAAAUGGUGGAAACAAGCAAAAAAAUUAAAGAUAUAGAUACUCAGAUAAGUGUACUUAAACGCUACAUGCAACAUGUAGAUAUUACUCAACACGAGAUUAGUACUUUACCACCUGGUACAAAAACCUACGAAUCUGUUGGUAGAAUGUUUCUUUUAACAGAUUUGGAUGAAGUUAAGAGUAAUCUUAAAAACAGAGAAUCACAACUUACAAGCCGCACUAAAGAACUUGAAGGCACAAAACAUUAUUUGGAAAAAAAUCUCAAAGAAAGUGAAGACAAUAUAAGGGAGAUGGUGCAGCAACGAAAGGAGCAGAGCGAUACCAAGGCGAAUUAAUUUAUAAAUGAUAACAUAUAUGUAGUGAUAAGGUCGCAUCUUUUUAUAAUCCAUGUAUUUGCUUACCUUUUCUGUCCAAAUUUCACAAAAUGGCAUUGUUUAAAUAAAUCACAACUUACCUUUA